ACCAAAUCUCUCUUUGACCAAAAAAAAAAGAAAAAAAGAAAAACCGAACUCUCUCUCUCUACUUUCUCCUCUUCUUCUUCCUCUUUCUCUCUCUAAAACUCACUCGCCGCCGUGUGAACUUUCAGUUACCACCGUUUUCUUCUCUCAAAAGAGGCAAAAAGAAGUUCAAAUUUUCAUUUUCUUUUUUCUCCAAAAAAAUCUAUCUUUUUUGUCUACUUUUUAAACUCUCUUUUUGCUUUUGUGUUGAAAUCUCCAUGAAUUUGCUCUGUUUUAGUUAAACAGUUGAAUAUCUACAAUACCCAUUUCUCCAUUUUUGAAUUCAUUGUUUUUUCCUCCAAAAAUUCGAUCUUUUUUUUUCUUUUCUUUUGUGUUCAUUCUAAUCUCCAUGAAUUUGCUCUGUUUUAGUUAAACUGUUAAUUAUCUACAAUACCCAUUUCUCCAUUUUUGAAAAUUCGAUCUUUUUAUGCUUUUAUGUUCAUUCAAAUCUUCAUGAAUUUGCUCUGUUUUAGUAAACAGCUACAAUACCCAUUUCUCCAUUUUUGAAAAAUUUGAUCUUUUUUUGCUUCUGUGUUUAUUGAAAUCUCUAUAAAUUUGCUCUGUUUUUGCUAAAUAGUUGAUUAUCUACAUUACCCAUUUCUCCAUUUUCGAAGAUUUAUUCAUUUUUUUUAUCCAACGGCCAGGAUUCGUUGUUCUCUGUUACUACUAGGUCUCUCUCUGUGAUUGUCAGCUUUUUAAUUUUAGUUCUUUUGUCUUCUCUACCGAAAAGGCGGAAGAGUUUGAAUUCUUAUAGGCUAGGGCUAUGGAGCCUAAUGGACAUAGAAAGGGUAACAAAAAGAAUACGGUUUCCCUUCAAAACGGUGAUCUUAGCACAUUGAAUAUUGAUGAUGAGUUGGAUCCAUGGACUUCCUGGGCGAACAAACCUCACACUAUUACGUUGUUGCUUAUCGGUGCAUGUUUACUCAUUUGGGCUAGUGGAGCUCUCGACUCACAAAACACUUCUUCCGGUGAUAUUGUGGCAUCUGUGAAAAGGGGUGUUUGGGCUAUGAUUGCUGUGUAUCUUGCUUACUCUUUGCUGCAAGCCCCCUCCACCGUGCUCAUUAGGCCACAUCCUGCCAUUUGGCGCCUAGUUCAUGGAAUGGCUGUCAUUUACCUUGUUGCUUUGACGUUUUUGCUUUUUCAGAAGCGGGAUGAUGCUCAGCAAUUUAUGAGAUAUCUACAUCCUGAUCUUGGUAUUGAGCUACCUGAAAGAUCCUAUGGUGCUGAUUGCAGAAUCUACGUACCUGAAAAUCCCACAAACAGGUUUAAGAAUCUUUAUGACACACUGUUUGAUGAGUUUGUUUUGGCUCAUAUCAUAGGGUGGUGGGGAAAGGCCAUCAUGAUUCGUAAUCAACCUCUUUUGUGGGUUUUGUCCAUUGGAUUCGAGUUUAUGGAGCUUACCUUCCGCCACAUGUUACCAAACUUCAACGAGUGUUGGUGGGACAGCAUUAUUCUUGACAUAUUGAUCUGCAAUUGGUUCGGCAUAUGGGCUGGAAUGCGCACCGUCCGGUAUUUUGACGGGAAAACAUACGAGUGGGUUGGCAUUAGCAGGCAACCAAAUAUCAUGGGCAAGGUCAAGCGAACUCUUGGACAAUUUACGCCAGCUCAUUGGGAUAAAGAUGAAUGGCGUCCUCUUCUAGGUCCAUGGCGGUUUAUUCAAGUCCUCAGUCUUUGUGUCAUAUUCUUGACUGUGGAGUUAAAUACAUUCUUUUUGAAGUUCUGUCUUUGGAUUCCUCCAAGAAAUCCUUUGAUAGUGUAUAGAUUGGUUUUCUGGUGGUUAAUUGCGUUACCAACAAUCCGUGAAUAUAACUCGUAUCUACAGGACAGAAAACCAGCGAAGAAGGUAGGAGCAUUUUGCUGGCUUUCAGUGGCGAUCUGCAUUGUUGAGCUCCUAAUCUGUAUCAAGUUUGGACAUGGAUCAUUUCCAAACCCAAUGCCCAAAUGGGUGGUAAUUUUAUGGUCAUGUAUCGGUACUGGCCUUUUGAUGUCGUUGGCUGCAUGGUCGUGGCAUUUACAUAGAAUGAUGAGGAGAAAGCACGAUUGAGUUUACGUUUGCAGUUCCCCAGCCAUUCUUUAUUCCUUUGCUUUCAUUUGGGUAGAGUUCAACCAUGUUGUAAAUACCCAUUACCUCGCAACUGUAUAUGGUUUGCAUUUUUUUUUAGGUUAAAUCUUAGUACAUUUUAAACAUGUAGUGAACCUCAAUUCUUUUUCAAUAGGCUAAAAAGUUCUUGUUUGUUGAGCUGCAAUAUUGUUGCCUCAAAUAAAGAGGAAGUGCUCUUUACUAGGAGCGCUCGUAUGUAUCAUAUGUGAAACUUCUGAUGAAGGAUGAAUGAGUCGUAUUCAUUCUAUCAUAAUCCGAGACUUUUGAUUAAGGAUGAAUGAAUUGAAUCCAUCCCACCAUAAUUCGAGA